AUGCCGAAAAAUGAAGCUGUUAUGGCGAAGAUGCAGAUGAACGAGCGCCAAGAGAUCAUCCAUAUACUACCCAAACAUGAAAAGCAAUGCUGGAAGCUUCAGUGGAUCGAGAAGUACAUCGAGGAGAAUGACCGUCAAACAGAGAAUAUCGCUGUGGCCUCUGCGAUCUACCUGUGCAAUCUUCUCCUCGUUAAAAUGGAAUACGAGCCUCACAGCACGGCGGCCGCAAAGUUCGGAUCCAUCUUAAUGAAGCAUCCAGUACUGAUGAACAAGGACAAACUCGAGAAGAAGCUCACACCCAUCGGGAGCGCACAUUUUCGGGCGCUCGAUCGCACAAAACGAGCAGCUGCCGCUUUCCAACCAAGGCGACUUGGAACUUCUCGCGACCGCAACCGGCAUUGGCCCUCACUCGUAGUCGAAGUCGGUUUUCCGAACCUUAUCGAAAGCUCAAGGAAGAUGCGAUAG